AUGGCAUCCUCAAUUCCCAUUGAAGGAGUCAAAACUAUUCUCAAUGUGAAGAUAUUCAUCGCCCCAGAAAGGGUCGAGGAGUUCUACAGGCAUUUCCGACCCGCUUUCGAAGCAGUAAUGGCCGAACCUCAAUGCCGCUACUUUGUCGUCAGCGAGGACCCACAGAAUCCAGGAACUUUAUCCUGGACCGAGGGCUGGACCGAAGACGUGCAAUGGUUGAUGCAGAAUCAGCUUACCAAGCCGUACUACAAGCCCUACCUUGAGGCCACCGAACCGAUGUUCCUCAAAGAGCGUGAGUAG